AUGCUUCUGAAACAAUAUGACAUUGUGUAUGUUCCGCAAAAGGCUGUCAAGGGGCAAGCGAUAGCAGAUUUUUUCGCGGACCACCCAGUCCCUGCAGAAUGGGAGAUAUCAGAUGAUUUGCCAGGUGAAGACGUGUUUUUCAUUGAAAUACUCCCACCUUGGAAAAUGUACUUUGACGGUGCCGCUCGUCAUGACGGUGCGGGAGCUGGAGUUGUCUUCAUUUCUCCAGAAAAGUGUAUACUGCCAUACUCUUUUAUGCUAACUCAACUGUGCUCCAAUAAUAUGGCUGAGUACCAAGCACUCAUAAUAGGCCUCCAAAUGGCAAUCGAAAUGGGACUUAGAGAUUUAGACAUUCACGGGGACUCCCAAUUGGUCCUAAAACAACUAUCAGGUGAAUAUGAAGUCAAAAAGAAUGAUUUAAUCCCUUGUCAAAGGCAAGCAUCACAAUUGCUUGACAAACUCGAUACCGUCAAGUUAGAACAUGUUCCAAGGAGUGCCAACAAGAUGGCUGACGCGCUAGCUGGGCUUGCAGCCACUUUGGCACUGGGGGCAGAAGAAAAAUGUAUGUACCCGUUUGCAAACAAUGGGUUGUUACUCCUGAUGACGAUGGUGUUGAUGAAUAUGCUGAAGAAGUCGACAUAA